AUGCUACCCCGGCACACGGUACUUCUACACUUUUUGUCAUUCUUACUCUUCUUAGCAUUCACAAAUGCGGAUAUAAAGCCCUACUACCGUUCCAGCAGCUAUGACCGCGAACACUACGGCGCAUGGCCCCUACAGAACUACCACUCAUCAUCACUCUCCGGCCCAAUUUUGAACUACUGGCAUCGCAGUCGAGCCUGUGAAGAUGGGGGAUAUACACUUAUCGCCCCGCGUGGUGAUUCAGUUAGACACAAAGGGCCGAUGAUGCUAGAUCAAAAUGGAGAUCUAGUUUGGUUCAAGGAAUACGGAACGACGUACAAUCUGAAUAUCCACACUUUUCGCGGGGAAGAUUAUCUAACGUUCUGGACUGGAAAUGAUGGGAUUCGUGGACAUGGUAAUGGAGUUUACUACAUGCUCAAUUCGCGCUACGAGGAAACAUACAAAGUCCGCGGUGUCAAUGGCCUCCCUGCAGACCUGCAUGAAUUUAACAUCACACCCGACGAAACGGCUGUUUUCGCUGUAUAUGAAACCCGGCCCGCAGACUUGCGUGUUGUCGGUGGUCCCGAGAACGGGUGGAUUUUCGACGGCGUCUUCCAAGAAGUCGAUAUUGAGACGAACGAGCUCUUGUUCCAAUGGCGCGCAUCCGAGCAUUUCAACCUGGAUGAUGGUUACCGCGGAACUGAAGGCAAUGGAAACUCAGAGGAUGCCCCAUGGGACUUUUUCCAUAUCAACAGCAUUGACAAGGAUGCACGAGGCAACUUCUUAAUUUCCUCACGGUAUAUGGGCUGUCUCACUUAUAUAGACGGAAAGACCGGCGAUGUAAUCUGGAGAUUUGGUGGAAAGCACAAUUCUUUCGCUGAUCUAUCAGAUGGCGCGGCGACGAAUAUCAGCUGGCAGCAUCAUGCUCGGUUCCGGGACGACGAUCCAGACGCAGACUCGGAGUCAGACGAUUACCCGAAGCGAGCAAUUACUAUUUUCGACAACUCAUCUCGAGGAAAAGGUGCCCCGGAGAACAGAAGUCGUGGAUUAUUUGUCGAUAUCGAUGAAAGAAAUCUCACAGCUAGUGUCAGACAUGAGUACUGGAAUCCACUGCCCAUCAGUAGCCAGUCACAGGGUUCAGUGCAGAUCCUCGACAAUGGAAACGUGCUACUUGGAUAUGGCUUCGACGCAGCGUGGACAGAGUUCUCCAUGGACGGAGAAGUGCUAUGUGACGUCCAUUUCGGACCUUCUGGCGGUUUUGGUGAUGGAAACAUCAUUUCGUACCGCGUCUUCAAACAUCACUGGGUUGGAAGACCGACUUCAUCCCCUGAUGCAGCAUUCGCAGAGACAUAUGUCGCAGUCAGCUGGAAUGGAGCUACGGAGGUGAAGAGCUGGGUACUGGAGGGAUCUGUUGAUACAAGGAAUGGAACUGAUGGGGAUGAGUUCAAUGAUUGGAAGAUACAGCACCCUGAGCAUCUUGAAGAUUUUGUGUUCAUCUCUGCUGUUCCCAAGUCUGGAUUUGAGACUGUUGUCCCCGUUCCUUCGGAUAUGCCAUACCGAACCCUGCGUGUUGUUGCGCUUGGGGAUGAAGGUAAAUUCUUGGGUAUGACUGCUACCGUGGAAUGGAAACCUGAGGAAUUUAGCAAGGAGAUCUUGGUUGUUCAUGGUGAUGAGGAUGAUCUUAUGACCGAGUCUGGUAUUGGGGACUUUUUUAUGUUUGUACUUGGGUUUAUAUCUGCUGCGUUUGUUGUGUUAUGCGCAUGGCUCAUCAGGACUCGUGUCCAGAGUGUUUCAUUUGGACGAAUCUUCAGAAAAAGGACCGAAAAAGAGGCCCAACAUGAGGAGUGGAUGUCUCUCAGUACUCAGGAGCUGAACGAGCUGGACGAGUUGAGUGAUUUGGAGGCUGGAGACCAGCCCGAGUCUCACCUCUUGCAAGAAGGAGACAAACAUGGUAUACUGUGA